UACUCGAUAUUUUUCAGUCAGGUAAGUGCGAGCCUUUUACAGAUUCAUAUUCAGGAUUUCUUCAAAAUGCCAGAAAUCUUUGUACUAUUCGACAAGCCGAAUGCGGUUUACGCUGCUGGGCAGAAAAUAUCAGGUCGGGUGGUUUUCUCGACGGCAUCACAGCAGAAUCCACGUUGGAUUGAUGUUCAGUUGCACGGGAGAUCGCACACGUUUUUUACUCGACAAGAAUCUGAGACGAAGACAAAUUCCAAAGGCGAAAGUGAAACCAAGACCCAUACUGUCCAUUACACGGCCACCGCCAAACACCUGGACACUGCAGUCCCUCUAUGGAGAAAAACUGAUAAAGCGGCAAGGUUACUCCCCGGGAAGUACGAAUGGCAGUUUUGGUUUCAACUUCCAUGUUCCGUACUUCCCCCGAGUUUUGAGGGAAACAAUGGGAACAUUCGAUAUUGGGUGAGAGCCGAAGUGAGCAGAUCCUGGAAGUUCAAUAUUGUUGACGAGAGCUCGUUUGAGAUAGCUCCAUUCCUGGACCUCAACACAAUGCCUAUUGCACGUACUCCUCUAGAUGGAUUUGCUGUCAAAAAUCUCGGAUGUUGCUGCUUCAGAAAUGAGCGUGAGCGAUGAGGUGCAAACGGUACAUGAUAUUGUGCACUCCGUUCGGAACACAGUCAAAGAUGGACUUGCAAAAAUAUUACCGCAGAGAUCACAAGAGAAUGGAAACAUCAUCCAAGGAGGAAUCUUGAAUGGAUUCCGUGAAAGAGGAAUUUUCCAUGAUGGAUUUCUUGAAGGAGGACUUUUAAAUAAAGGAGAUCACGGAACAGACUAUAUUUUUGGAUAGCGUUUUGUCUUUUUUUUUUUUGGGAAUAAAUAUGGCAU